AUGGCAUCUCCGCGGCCUGUGCGGACCUUGUCUUGGAUCCUGAUUCUGCUGGCUGUCCUGGCCCCCGGGGCUGCAGCUGACUUCAACAUCUCAAGCCUCUCUGGUCUGCUGUCCCCUGUGAUGACGGAAAGCCUGCUAGUUGCCUUGCCCCCGUGUCACCUCACAGGGGGCAACGCCACACUGACUGUCCGGAGAGCCAAUGACAGCAAAGUGGUGAGAUCUAGCUUCGUGGUGCCUCCGUGCCGCGGACGCAGGGAGCUGGUGAGCGUGGUGGACAGCGGGUCUGGCUUCACGGUCACCCGGCUCAGUGCAUACCAGGUGACAAACCUGGCACCAGGAACCAAAUACUACGUUUCCUACCUCGUGACAAAGGGGGCAUCCACCGAGUCCAGCAGAGAAAUCCCAAUGUCCACACUUCCUCGAAGGAAGGCAGAAUCCAUUGGGCUGGCGAUGGCCCGGACAGGGGGCAUGGUGGUCAUCACGGUGCUGCUCUCGGCCGCCAUGUUCCUGCUGGUUCUGGGCUUGAUCAUUGCCCUAGUACUGGGCGCCCGAAAGUGA